UCUGAAAUCGAGAUUAUCUGUCAACGGACGAAAUUUUGGUAAAGGUGUUCGAAUAACGGCUUGUACUUUGUUUUAAAAAAAAUGUAUAAAAAUUCAUCAUUCUGAGUUAAUUGCUUAAAGAAUGAAAUAUAAAUUUAGAGUCAUGUAGAUCACAACAUUUUCUGCAGUAUGAAAAGACAACAAAGUAUCUAGGUCGAAAGGUUUUAAGUUAGUCAACUGUCAGUGUUUUAAGAAAAUGAAUUUACUUCAACAAUUUUAUGUUAAAAAUCUAAUUUGAAGUGACGUACAUUGCGUUAUAUGAUUUAGUACAUCUAAAUUAUCAAAAAAAGAUUAGAAAUAUUUAUUUAUAUUAUAUUGCUUGAAAUGGCAGAAGAUAAUAUACAGACUCCAAAAACAGGAUACAGAUUUGAUUUUGACGAGAACAUUAACCCAUUUUGUAGCAAAAGUAAAUUAAGUCGCUCACCAACAUCAUCUAUAUGUUAUGAGGACAACCAAAAUAUAAUAUCAAGUUCUGUUACGCAAACUAGUUAUUCCAUUGAAGAAACGUCCAGUAAAGCAAUGGCCUCUUUUACUACCACUAAACGAAAACAAGAAAGUAUUAGUUCAUUCUGUAAUCAGUCUAAUAGUUUUGAUAAAAUACAAGACUGUAAAGUAUUUUCAGUGUCACACAAUGAACAUAGUGAUGAAAAGACUACAGAUAUGUCCAUACCUGAAAAUUAUAAAAUUAUUACUGAUUGUUCACAUGUGGAAAAUGGAAUGAAUAUACCUAACAAUAUGGUUAUUGAGAAACAUAUUCAUUCUGUUGUUCACAGAAGAUCAUCCUUAAGUGAUGAUAUUAAAGUGGAGGAUUUAGAGGGAACAACAUCCACAGAAAACGACAAAGAAAAAUUAUUAGAUUUUAAAGAUUUGGGAGAUAUUUCAUCUGGCAACUUAGGAUCUGUGUCUAAUCAAAGUGAAGCUGGUCCGGAUGUUGCACAGUUUACUGAAGAGGAAUUCAGAUCUGCUGCAGAAUUUUUCAAAGAUCCCUCUGCAUUUGAAUUUCUUCAAAAAGCAGGAAAUAGUACUGUAAGUUUUAUUUAACACUAUAAUUCUGUGAUGUGUUUUGUUAUAAAUAGUAUUAUUAAUAUGUUAGGUGUUCUAAUAGAAUUUUCCAGAAAUCCCAUGUAAUAAAUUUUUAAGAAAUGUCAGUGUUUAUAGCAU